GACCCGCCCGUCUCCAACCAACGAGCUCAACUUCCCGCAAAACCCUAAACCCUUCCUUCUCCGAAUCCAUUGAUAGACAUAGACCCUUCAGCACCAGCUUAUAUCUGCCCCCAGUCCCAAUGGCGAAACACAAGGAUAAGAAGAACAUGAAAUCAGGGCCAAACGCCGUCGCCAUGAAGCACCAGGCCCCAAAACCCAACCCCUUCGCGGCCAAAGCACCUAACCCUAGCAGAGCGGACACCAAGAACAAUAAGGAGACGACGACGACGAAGAAGAAGAAGAAUAAGUUGGGCCCAAGCUCCAUAGCCAUGAAGCUCCAAGCUCCAAAACCCAACCCUUUCGAGACCAUUUGGUCCCGAAGGAAAUUCGACAUUCUCGGAAAGAAACGCAAAGGCGAAGAGCGCCGUAUUGGCCUCUCUCGCUCUCGCGCCAUUGAAAAGAGGAAGAACACGCUGUUGAAAGAGUAUGAGCAGAGUAAUAAGUCUUCGGUCUUUGUCGAUAAGCGAAUUGGAGAGCAUAAUGAUGAGCUCGACGAGUUCGAUAAGGCCAUUCGGCGUUCCCAGCGCGAGCGUCUGUCAAAGCAGAACAAGAAAAGCAAGUAUAACUUAUCAGAUGGAGAAGAAGAGGACUAUGAAUUCCAAAGUCUUGGUGCAUUAUCUGAAAGGGAUGAUUUUGAGGAUGAUAUGCUUCCUGAUGACGAUGAAGAUGGAGCCGGAACUGCUAAAACUAAGAAAAGGUUAGCCACACUAGAUCAAUUUGAGUCCCAUGAUAAGCAGAAUCUACAGGACGAUGGUCCAAUGAGAGGAGAGGAAAAUAGACAUAAAAGCAAGAAGGAAGUAAUGAAGGAGCUUAUGGCAAAAAGCAAGUAUCACAGGGCAGAAAGAGCAAAACAUAAGGAAGAACUAGAAGAUUUUGGGCAAGAAUUGGACAAAAUCUUUACAUCCAUGGCGCAGUCUAAGCUUUUAGAAUUGGCUGAACCAGACAAGAGUGUUCCAAAUGAGAAGAAGGAUGAGCUUUCUGGACAGGAAGUAGCUCGCUCUUACUUCAAAGCUUUGGGAACAUUAGCAUUGGAACGCCGUGGUCAGCCCUCAGAUAGGACAAAGACACCUGAAGAGAUAGCACAAGAGGAGAGAGAGCAGCUUGAGCAUUUGGAGGAGGAAAGACAGAAGAGGAUGCUUGCCACCGAUGACUAUAGUGAUGAUCAAAAUGAAGAUGAUGAGAUUCCGUCUAGCCAGAGGCCAAGAGCUAUAUCUGGGGAUGAUCUUGGUGAUUCCUUCUCGCUUGAUGAAGAGCCUAGAAUUAAAAAGGGUUGGGUUGAUGAGAUUCUUGAAAAAAAAGAUGCUAGUGAUUCUGAGAGUGAAGAAGGCGGUUCUUCUGAGGAUUCAGAAAGUCCUGAGGAUGGCAGUGAUGAAGGAUCUGAUGAAGAUGAUAAUGAAGGUGAAAAGAAUCUAUUGAUGAAGGACUGGGAACAGAGCGAUGAUGAUAAUAUUGGAACAGAUUUGGAUGAGGAGGAAGAAGAAGAAGAAGAUGAUGAUGAUGAUGAGUCUGAAGGACAUGAAAAUGAUGAUGAUGUUAAUGAAAAAGAGAUGGAGCCAAGAGAGCUUAAAAGGUUGAAAAAAAAUGAUGCUGCUGAUGCUAGUAAAAAACAGGGCAAGGUAUCUCAGGAUGGUAAACGACCUUCUACUCAAUCAGACCUCCCAUACCUAAUCGAAGCUCCAAAAAGCUUGGAAGAGUUAAGUGCAUUGGCGGAUAAUCUUUCUAAUUCCGACAUUGUCGUGAUAAUCAAUCGAAUCCGGAAAAGCAAUGCAAUCAAGCUUGCAGCAGAAAAUCGGAAGAAAAUGCAAGUAUUUUAUGGUGUUCUUCUGCAGUAUUUUGCCAUCUUAGCAAAUCAAAAGCCGUUGAAUAUAGAGUUAUUAAAUUUUCUGGUUAAGCCAUUGAUUGAGAUGAGCAUGGAGACUCCGUACUUUGCUGCAAUUUGUGCUCGUCAGAGAAUUUUACGGGCUCGAACUGAAUUUUGUGCGACUGUUAAAAACCCAGAAAACAGUUGUUGGCCUUCUUCAAAGACAUUAUUUCUUCUGAGGCUUUGGUCCCUGAUAUUUUCAUGCUCUGAUUUUCGUCAUGUGGUCAUGACUCCAGCAACAGUGUUAAUGUGUGAAUAUCUGGUGCGAUCUCCUAUUGUGUCUGGACGUGAUGCUGCAGUUGGUUCUUUCUUAUGCUCUAUGCUUCUCUGUAUCACCAAACAAUCUAGGAAGUUCUGCCCUGAAGCAGUCAUGUUUCUCCGAACAUUGCUGAUGGCAGCUAAAGACAGAAAGCCGGCGACAAAUCAAGAUUCUCAGUUUUAUGAGCUUAUGGAAUUAAAAGCACUUAGGCCCCUUUUAUGUAUACGUGAAUGCGUAGAUCAGAUUGAUCCUCUGAAUUUUCUUACGUUAAUGGACCUGCCAGAGGACGACUCAUUUUUUAGCUCUAAUAAUUUCAGGGCUAGUGUGCUGUUGACUGUAAUUGAAACUCUACGUGGAUUUGUCAGUAUCUACGAAGCAUUCAGUUCUUUUCCUGAAUUUUUUUUGCCCAUUUCAAUAUUGUUGGUUGAAGUGGCGGAACAGGAUAAUAUGCCACAAGUAUUAACAGACAAAUUUCAAGAUGUUGCUCAACUUAUUAAGACAAAAGCAGAUGAACAUCACAUUCUGCGGCAACCACUUCAGAUGCGGAAGCAAAAGCCAGUGGCUAUCAAAAUGCUUAAUCCGAAAUUUGAGGAGAACUUUGUUAAGGGCAUAGACUAUGAUCCAGAUCGUGAACGAGCUGAGAGAAGAAAGUUGAAGAAAGUUCUAAAACAAGAAGCUAAAGGGGCUAUCCGUGAACUGCGUAAAGAUAAUUCUUUCUUAUAUGAGGUGAAGGCGAGGGAGAAGGUGCUGAUGGAAGAAGAAAAAGCUGAGAAAUAUGGAAAAGUAAGACUUUUCCUUCAAGAGCAAGAACAUGCUAUGAAAUCUGGGCAAUUGGGAAAAGGCAGGAAGAGAAGGAGAUGAGCUUGAGACUCUCCUUGAAGGUAUGUUCCCGUAGAUCAGAAGCUGAUCUUGUAUUGUGGAUGUUAUAGAAGACAAAAGAGGUGGUAGAAAAUGUGCUGCGCUGCCUUACACAUAUUCCAGAUGAAGCCAAUUAUUUGGCGCAAAUUUUGUGCAACAUUAAUUUAUUUAUAGAUGUGUUCAUCCUGAAAUAUUGCAUUAAAUUUUUGUUGUAACGAAUCGGUUGCUGGAUGAUUGAAAAUUUAUUUAAAAUCUUCUUGUGUUUAUAAA